AUGACAGAAAAUGUCAGAGAAACAGUCAGAGAUCAUUGGCUAAAAAAGUUUGAAAAUCAGAAAGGAACCAUCAGUACAACUGCAGGUACAAAAAAGAGGAAAAUCCCCGAAGAACCUGAAAAAGUUGAUGGUGCCACAAAGAAGGUAAAAACAGAAGGAAGCUUAGAUAAACCAAUUGAGAUAGUAGAUGAUAUCUCCUCAUCUGAACAAGAGCAGGAACAAGAACAACUACAAAUCGGUGGAUCAGAUAAGGUGAUUGUUUUAUCCGACAGUGAUGAUGAUGAUGAUGAGAUCUCGUUUGUUACAAAGUCUUCUUCUCUGACCUCCGUAACCUUUGAGAAAGCCAUUGAGGAUAUAAAUAAACUCCGUGCAGCACCAAUUUCCCCUUCUAAUGAAUCUCAAAAAAUGAAAUCACCGAUAAAAAUGUUUCGCACCCCCAUAGUCCCCCAAAAAGAUGCCGUGAACAUGAGUGAAUUGUUUCCAAAUACCAUUUACAAAACUUACCAAUUUUCCAUGCAGAUAGAUUUAGCAUUCCUUAUGCCAUUGAUCAUGAAGAAUACCAGCGAAUGUCCAGAGAUAUAUUUAGUCACCCAGGAUCUUUUCCACUGGGAUGAAUACCAUAAUAAAUAUCCGAAAGGUUGCCUAAAGAAAGUAUUUUUGGGGUUGCCUAAAUGGACUCUUCAUCACAGUAAGAUGAUGAUCAAUUUUCAUCAAAAGGGUACUUUAGAGAGACCGGAGAAAUUUGUGGAAAUUGUUAUUAUGACUUGUAAUUUGACCCCGGUGGAAUUCAGUUUUAUGGGAAGUUGUUAUUGGCGAUCGCCAUUGUUGCCAUAUAUUGGGAGUGCUUUCCCUACUACUACCCCUACUCAGCAGAACACAAGUUUUGGGAAAGAUCUUCGGGAUUAUCUUCGACUAUACCAUGAUGUAGCAAUCAAAUCAUUGGCCACUGAUCUUGAACACUACGAUUUCAGUUCAGUAAGAGCCAGCUUUAUUGGCUCAGCUCCAAGAAAGACUACCACCGUUAGUCGUGGGUUGGGGUUUCCGAAACUAUCGACAAUUUUGGACACUUGGAACCUAAAACAUCAUGAUUCGACCAAGCCACCCCUUCGAAUAUUAGCACAUAUGUCAUCACUUGCUGGUCCUUAUAAAGAGCUGCCGGUGGCCAACAUUUUGACCCAUGUAUUAUGCCCGAUAAUCUCUGGGUUAGAUUUCCCGUUACCGGAAGGUACACGUUCGUACAAAGAUGCAAAAAGAAUUGGAAAUUUCGAACCGAUGAUAUUGUUUCCUACCGAAUCUGACAUACAGAAUGCCGAAGGUGAUGGGGUUAGUGGGUCAUUUGUUUUCAAUAUGGCAGGCAAUGGUACCCCAAAUUACGAGUUGACGAAAAAUUUGUUUUACAAACGAGACAUUGAGAAUGAAAAAAAAAAUCAUUUGGAACAUUACAAAGAUAAGUUUCUCAAUAACCAUACAAAGGUGUACAUGUGCUCUGACGACUAUAGUGAAUACACUGGAAAUAAUGGCGAUAAACUGAUAACUUUUAAUUCGAUUAAGUGGGUGAUGAUGGGAUCCUUCAAUUUGAGUAAAAGUGCGUGGGGAAUUCCACCAAGAAAUAAUCGAGACGGUGGAUGGACAGGAAGAAACUGGGAAUGUGGGGUGGUAUUAAGUCCUGAACAUUACAGAGACGUUGGUGAAACAAGGAAGAUUAGUUUCAGGCCAGUAUGGAACACUGAUGAAUAUAGUGGACAGGUUUUAGGCUCGUCAUUAACUUCAUCUUCUCAUGCCCAAGAUUUGGAUAUUGCCAUUAGAUUGCCAUUCAGAUUUCCUGUAUUGAAGGCGAAAUCUUCAGAGGUUUAUCGUCCUCCUUCUCGUGAUUUCUAUUGA